UUGAAUUUUCUGAUUUUCGUUAAGAAAAACAUUUUACGUUGUUUUUCUGCAGCAAAUGUUGUUACGUCGUGUUGUAAGUGUUGCAAUUUUUUGUCGCAUGUGCGGUGAAACGUUUCAACUUGACGCAACAUUUCGACGUAUCAACAAUGCAGCGUACGGAGCAGCGUAACAUUUCGACGAAAGUAGCAUGACCUCGGUCAUGCUGACGUAUCAAAACGACGUAUGUGAUUUAUCUGUUGCAGAACGUUGUAACAUAUAUUUUUAUCAAAAUAACUGAAAUGUUCACACGCAGUGCAGAUUUCAGAGUCAGUGACGAUGAACCUUUCCAUAAUGUAUCGUUGAGGUGAAUUCAAUUGUGAUAAAUGUGUUUAAUUUCUAAAUAGGAAUAAAAAUAAAAUCUGAAAACUUCCAAGUCCAUUUUCUCAGUUUGAUCAAAAUGUUACAUACGCCGAUUUGAAAAAGUUCCCGAGAAUUGUGCAAAAUGCUACUGGCUUUCGAUAAAUCUAAUUAAUUCGCGUUAACAAGUGAUAACGGAUACGGGAAUUGUGGAUUCGUGCCGCAAGAAUUGAAGUUUGAGCGGAAUUCGAGUGUUGAAAUGAGCGAGAAGGAUAGUGAUUUUUGGAAUAUCAAAUUCGCAAUUUGAGGAUUAAGAAUAUUGUCGCAAACUAGUGGAAGUGAUACUAGCAAGAUCAAAUGGAGGUUGUUAGUGUUUGCUAGAAUUACGGGUGCGUAUUACAUCACAUACGGUGACUCGUUCAGAAGCAUGCUCGCUAUGAUGGACAGCAACGAGAAUGAGAAUUAUUGCUACCAACAACAACAUCAGCAGCAUCCUCAGCCAACUACGAAAGCCGGCGGAAACCUAAGCAAAGGGGCGAUUCCGAAGGCAAGCAGCACCGGCUUGAAAUACCAAAAUCAAUUCAACAACAACAAUAACAUUGCCGAGCAGGAAAACUUGAUGCCCCACCAAGGGAACGUGUCGCAUCUACAGGUAGUGGGCGGAAUAGAUGCCGGCGGAGAAAUCAACGGCACCAGCAAUGGACCCGAAUCGUUAUUGCAUUCAACAACUGACGACACAACGGAAAAAGAGUCCAAAGAGUCGCUUCCAAAUGUGAAACGGGAAGAAGUCGAAAACCUGCUGAUCAACCCACUGGAUGAAGAGGAAGGCGAUUUGGAUGGUGACUCUGAUAACAAUUCGCUUGGAAAUUUGUCCUACAUCAGCGAUAAUGGGCUGAUCGAAGAAAUCAUCCUGUUGCCGAACAACAUCUACUCGGAUGACGAAAAUGGAUCGGCAUCAGAUGACUGUAUCUACGCUUACCGAGGAGACGAUGAUGGUGCCCCUGCCCUAUUAGAGUAUCGUGAACAACCCGCGGACGAUGAGACUGACUUUCUAGAGAUGGAUUUCGAUCCGGAGCCGAGUUCAGAGUUGGAAAACCUCAAUGAACAUGCUGACUUGGACGCAGACAGUGUUUUUCAACCCGCAACACUACCAGUGGAAAGGAUUUCACGCCAGGAUAUUGUCCGGUCACCCCUCAAAAGUCCCAGCUUUGAAAGAGAUUCGCCGAAUCGAAGACAUGGAGAUACAUUAGAUCAAGCAGACGGAGUUGUCGUCGCUCCAAUGGCGUCCAUCGAAAUGAAGAAGACCGGUGCGAUUCCCAAAAAGUUUUCCUCCUAUUCUCAGCAAUCUGCCAAGGACGCAUAUGAUUUCGAAAUGGCUGGGCCAAGCAAACCACCAUCGAGAGGAAACUCUAAAAACUUGAAACUGGACCUUAAACUGUGCACCGAAGGAACCGGUUCUUCUGACUUUCGAUAUCAAUAUCCAUAUUACGACGAUUCAGAAUACAUCGCUGACGAUGACGACGACGACGAAUCCACCUGUUGUCUAGAUUGUACGGAGAAAAAGGGACUGCUUAUGCAAACCAAGCAAGAUCUAAGCUUGCAAAAAGUGUGUAGAUCAUGCUUUGCUCGAAACUUGCAUGUGCAUCAAGGAAGCGGAGGUACGGGUGUACAUCCGCACUUGGGGGAUUAUUUUGGGAAUGCAGCUCAGUCCCUAAACACGAGCACUUCUGAGGCGGAUUUGAUGAGUGCCCGAGCGGAACAAAUCGUACUACAAGCGUUGAACAAAGUCAACGAACUGAAAGCCACUCCACCGAGCAUGGGGUUGUCAAAGAGCAUGGAGGAACUGUGCGUCGAGUUGGAAGCGGGUCAUCGGGAUCAGGAAGUUCCCGACGAGUUUUCACAAGACCUUUGCGCCGAUAACACCGUGACAAUUUAUACCAUGAAUUGCGGGGAACUGACAAUAAUUGAAGCUCUGACGCGAAUCGGUGUAGCACCAAAUCUGGACGUUUUACGGCAAUAUUUUACUGAAUGUUACUCAGUAGACACAAGCAAAAUGAACAUCCCGCAGUAUCUGCUAUACAUGUCAAAACGCGAUUGCAACUUCAGAAAGUUGAUAGAGGCCAUCAAGUCGUGCUGUGAUGAACCAUUGGAUGUGCAGUACUAUCCGUUGGAUCCAUUCUCCGACACACCUGAAGUGGUCCCAAUCAACUCGAUUGACAUCGCCAAACGAUGGAACGCUAACACUAACCUGCGGCAGAUCAUAAACUUCAAACAUAAACACUUCCACACGCUGAAUGUUCUUGGCAAAAUCGUCAACAUACUUCGGCAGCCAUCACGAGGUAAGCACACAAGUCAGAUUAUCAAUAUUCCCCAGUACUAUAAAAGUGGUUCCAUUACGAUAACGAGGAUAACUUGAGCCACGUAAAAAGUGGACCUCAUGCUCUCUAUCCCAUUCUUUGGUGCCCAUCGACCUGGGGACUACUUCCAAGCUCCUAUUGUUUUAGAAACGGUCCUCGAUUCGAAUGAAAAAAAAAGGUCGCUACAAAGAUUCUCAGUUAGAUGCGUAAGAGGUAUGAGGAUUUAUCGAACUUUAAAGCUUGUUGCUGGCACAAACUAUAAGGUCAGGUAUUAAUUUAUUGUAUUUCGCUUCUGCUAUCCUAUUUGGGAAUAUGAAACAAAAAUACUAUCUACUUAUAUUUUAUGUAAAACUAUUGUACAUGAGCUUUCGUACUCAAAAAUAUUGAAGCGUUAAAUUGUGUAAAUAUAGAUUGUCAAAUAUUUAUUACUGCAAACUAGCGUUUAGUAAGCUGCAUAUCCUUGUUAGGAAGUAUACAACACGACGGGAGAAUCUUUUAGUUCCGAACGUAACACUAAGGUUAGACUGUUAGGGUUAGACUGUUUCAGUGAAUGUAUCUAUAUCCCAGUACACGAAAAAGUUAAAUCGAGAACGACAACAGUUAAGGGAAAAGAUGAUUAAAGCGGAAUAAAUAUCCUAUUUCAAUCGCCACGCGCAACUGGUUAUUAUGGGUUGUUGAAAGUAUUUAUAAAGAGCAACAAUUUGUAACAUCAAUUCAACUAUAAGCAAAACCACAAGCAACAACUAUCACAAGUAAUAACUAACUCACAAAUACCUAAUCAUACUGCUGAAAUACAAGUUAUAAACUGA